ACUUACAAAUUACAGACCCGCUGUCUGUGUGUAUUUCUCUCCAACAACUGUCUGUAACCUACAACACGCCUGCGUAGAGACAAGCUUUCCAAUGCAACGACAGAAUGAAUAGAUCGCAUUCAGGCAGCUAGUUAGCUAACUUCGCUGCUAGCUAGCUACAGUGUAAGCAAAUAGAAAGGGCAAGGGAGCUAGUUCAGUGUUUUGUAGCCAGUUUUCACAGUUCAGUUAGCUGACGUUGGCUAGGAAGCUAUUCUAAUGCAAUUCCACCAUAAUCUGGAUACAAACCACUAUCAGUCGGAUAUAGCUUUAUUUCUUUCGGCCUUGUUGAGACUUUUGUGUGGGUUUGACGUUAGCUAGCUCAAGGUAGCCAACUAACGUUUGGGUUGGCUAGCUAGUUAGCCAGUUCAUGCAUUUUAUGUUAUGUUAGCUAUAGUCUAUGUAUUUUAGUUAUAAGAUGGUUUACAAAAAUGCGUUUUAUUUCUUUCCAACAAGAACAUAAUUGUUCUUGCUAGGUUGAUACAUAAACAAAAUGUCGCUGGCGGUAUGGGAACCGCUGGAACUGGCUGGCUAACUUUAGCUAGGUAGCUAGCCAGCUAGUUACUAAUACUGACGUGUGACAAUGCCUGUGGUGGAUGUCGCAUGGCGUUUGCCAGCCAUCUACAGUUGUAUUUACCAAGCGUUGAACAAAUUAUAAAUUUUGUCUUGUUUAUUCAAAAUGUAGCCUAAACGUAACGUAUCUAGUUGCGGUUAUUAUAAGUUACCAGUCUACAUCAUAUAUCUGAACUGUCCAAGCUGGCUACAAAGAAUGGAUGGUCAACAACAGACACAAUCAGCUGGACUAUCCCGCAUUGCGUGCUAUCCGCAGCAUUUUACCAUUAUUUCCCCAUGUCGUUUUGUAAACGAUUACUGUCCACAUUCCAUAUAUUGUCUCAUUUUCUCUUACUGUGUAACGUUAGCGUCAGCCAUGAUGUACCAUUGACUUCGAUACUUGCAGCUAGCGUAACAUAACAUUACACAGAGAGUUGUCUGGAGGGCGAGGUGGCGGCGCCCAGACUCAGACACGUUACCUUGAAUGAACCGAUUCUGGCUGCAGACACACAGACUACCCGGUCUAUACCGCCUUUGUUGGGUUAGCUUGCAUUAAUUCGGGCGACCACUUUAUCUACCUUUGCUAUCGGUAGGACGUAAGAACAACAGCAAUCUCAUUCUGCAUUUUAUUUGGAGUAACGGUUUCCAAAUGAGGCGUGGUUUUGAGCGAGUGAUUGCCUGAAAUGAAUGGAUAGAAUACGUCACGGCGGCGAAUGUGAUUAAAUUAAGGGAUAUUUGCUUGCACGUCUACGCUGAUUUAUCCUGUUUCAGUGAUUUGUUUGUUUUGUAUAGGACACGUUCAUAACUGCUCCUGGUUUGAUAAUGAGGCUUGCAAAAAUAGUUAGCUAACGUUACUGCAAUUUAUCAUAUCAAAGAGACGCAUUUUCUUUUCUGUGUAAUUUCUAACCUGGUACUUCCUGGUCCUCAUGGAGUAGUCUAGCCUACCCCCUUAUAUGUUGUUUAAUUCUAACAUUAACUAAUUACUGAGGUGUUAGAGCUGUUAAUUGGACACUUGUCUAAUGAGGGAUGGUUUACUGUCUUAAUGCCGCAUUGUGUUCGGUACAGAUAUUCAUUUUUAAAAGGAUGAAUACUUCUUAUUCAUUUGAAGACUUUUAAUCAGUCAGAUGAGUUCUCUUACAACUAUUGCUUCGUUUUCUCUUAUGAGCUCUGGCAAAUUAUUCCUUGAGAGGUUACAUCUUUCCUUGACGAGUUGGUACACCUACAGCUGAAUUCCAAAACCCUCAGUGUGGAAACCUGGCAUGGAUUUCCCCGGGCACUUUGACCAGAUCUUCCAGCAGCUGAACUCCCAGCGGCUGCACGGCCAGCUCUGCGACUGCGUGAUCGUGGUGGGCAGCCGGCACUUCAAGGCCCACCGCUCGGUGCUGGCCGCCUGCAGCACGCACUUCCGGGCGCUCUUCACGGUCGCCGAGGGCGACGGCAGCAUGAACAUGAUCCAGCUGGACAGCGAGGUGGUGACGGCCGAGGCCUUCGCCGCCCUGGUGGACAUGAUGUACACGUCCACGCUCAUGCUGGGCGAGAGCAACGUGAUGGACGUGCUGCUGGCCGCCUCCCACCUGCACCUCAACGCCGUGGUCAAGGCCUGCAAGCACUACCUGACCACCCGCACCCUGCCCAUGUCCCCGCCCACUGGGGACAGGACCGCCCACCACCACCACCAACCGGACCAGCAGCAGGGCCCCCCGGCCGGCUCCGCCUCCCGGCUCCAGCGCUCCUUCCUGCUGCAGCAGCUGGGCCUCAGCCUGGUCAGCUCCGCCCUGGGGGGGAUGGACGAGGCGGGGCGAGGGGGAGGGGGAGGGGGAGUGGGAGGCGGGGGGACGGUGGAGCAGCGCGCCUCCUUCCCCAUCCGCAGGUUCCACAAGCGCAAGGCCUCCUCCUCCUCGCUGAUGACCCCCGAGGACAGGCAGAGGCAGAGGCUCCGCCCCCUCCUGGACCCGGAGGACCCUCUCCUAGCGAGGGCGGGGGAGGGGGGCGGGGGGCUCCUCUCCCCGGACUCCCUCAGGGCGGGCGACGAGCCGAAGCCGGAGACGGGCGGCGAGGAGGAGAAGUACGGCGGGGGCGGAGCCCAGGAGGACGCGCAGAUGCCCAGCCAAUCGGACGGCGGGCGGGAAGGCGGGCCAGGGAAGGAGGAGCCGGGCGAGGGGGUCGUCGUCAAGGUGAAGGAGGGCGCGGAGGACGAGGAGGAGCCGCAGCACGUGCGGGUGGUGGUGAAGGCCGAGCCCCUGAGCUCCCCGGAGCCGCCGGACGAGGCCAGCGACGCCGCCUCCCAGGCGGAGGGCAGCGACCACGCCGAGCGCGGCGCCGACAAGAUCGAGCUGAGCCCCGAGAGCAGCGGCCGCAGCUCCUCCGGCCCCCAGUCCAGCACCGACCCCCGCGCCGGGGACGGGGGCCCGGGCAGGGAGGGCCCCGGCGAGGACGGCGGGCGCAGGGGCCCCGGGGGCGGGGCGGCGACGGGAGGCGACGGCGGCCCGGACAGGAGGCAGGGCUUCGGCGUCUCCGGCUUCCUGUGCGCCCAGGGCUUCGGGGAGCCGGGCCCCGGGUCGGCCGGGGACGACAGCCUGCCCAACACCACCACGGCGGAGUGCCGCCUGGACGGGGAGGCGCGCGGGUUCCUCCGGAGCCCGGGGUCGCUCAACGGCCCGUCGUCCUCCGCGGCGCACCCCGGCGCGCUCCACGCCCACCAGCACUUCCUGUCCGGCGAGCCGCACCCUUUCGGCGACGUCCACCCCGACGCCCUCUUCCUGCGGCCCGUCGAGGACGGGCUCGGCUACCGGCGGGUGGGCGGGGCCGACCAGUUCGCCCUAGACUUUCAGCGCUCCAGCCUGGGCUUGCACUCGCUCGCCCGUUCCUCCAGGGGGGGCGGGGGCGGGGGCGGGGCCAGCCUGGGGUUCCCCGGCUACCGUCGAAUCGCCCCCAAAAUGCCCCCCAACGGGGGAGGGGGUCCCCUGCACGCGGACAGCGGCCAGCUCCCGGACGCCUCUUCUUCCUCCGGCGCAGCGGGGGGCGCCAUGCUCAUGAACGGGGUCGGGUACGAGGGCGCCGGGGGGGCGCAGGCCGCGCCCCCUCAGCUGACCAGGGCGUCGGCCGACGUCCUCUCCAAGUGCAAGAAGGCGCUGUCGGAGCACAACGUCCUGGUGGUGGAGGGCGCCCGCAAGUACGCCUGCAAGAUCUGCUGCAAGACCUUCCUGACGCUGACGGACUGCAAGAAGCACAUCCGCGUGCACACGGGCGAGAAGCCCUACGCCUGCCUCAAGUGCGGCAAGCGCUUCAGCCAGUCCAGCCACCUGUACAAGCACUCGAAGACCACCUGCCUGCGCUGGCAGAACAGCAACCUGCAGAGCUCCAUCCUCUGAUCCGCCCCAACCGCACCCUAACCCCUCCCCUCGCCAAAAAAAAACGGUUACGUCUCCCCCCUUUGGAUCACAGGGUCCAUUCGCACGAUGAGCAGUGAGUAAAUGCGUUAGAAACGGCUCGGAAGUCCUACGCGAUUCGCCGAGUUCUUUAAAAGAGGCGUCCAUCCAAGAUGGCGGGAAAAAAAAAAAAAAAAAAAACACGGUCCGUUAGAUGGUAGCAGGUCCAAUGUGAAGCACCUUUUAAACGUCUUUGCUGGAGACAGGGCGACACUGCAAGCUAUUGGCACUUUGCCUUUAUGGUUUUUGUAAUGAUGUUGCUGAGUCAUAAUUGUGAAUUCUAAAUGUAUUUUUUGUACACACGGAAUCACGGCCUACAAGAUAAACGGGGGACUUUUUAAAAUUGUGGGCAAAAAAGAAAACUGACAGAGGCCCCCAUUCCCUGAAAUAUAUCCUCUCUGGAUAUGCUUCAGUCUGUGGCUCUUGUUCAUUAAUUUAAAAAGCAGUUUCUGAUUUUUGUAAGCCCAUUUGUCCAAAUAUGACGGAGCAACAGGACGGUAGGAGAAAAGAAAAAAAACGUAGCAGUGUUCUCAUUUGCACAGUCAGCCUUUCACGUGGAGGAAUUUGUAUGCCUUUUUGAAACCCACAAGCUUGUCUUCGGUUAUGUGAUCCAAAAUAACUUUGGAAAGCGAGAGAUACGUAAAUUUGAACUUUGUGAGGUCGCCAUGAUAGAAGUCAUGAUAGAGACUACAAACCUUGGGUUUCUAAUCACCUUGUUCUUCCUUCUCAAUGAGGUCACUGUUGACAGGAGAAUAAAAUUUUGCCUGUAAUGGCAAGGGUAAGUGUGAACGAUCUUGACUUAAGUGUGCAACCUACUUCCCCUGUAAAUCUAGAUGUGUAAGUACUGCACAAGUCUUCUGGAUGCUCUGUUUUGUUCCUGGAGAGAAAAAAAAAAAAAAAAAAACGUUGUUUCGUUGUAUUUGUGAACAUUUUUGUUAACCGUGUAGUGUCGUAGUCAAUAGACCGUGAGCUUAACGUUUUGCUAAACCUAACACCAAAAAAACACAGUACUGGAUAACUUUCUAAGCAGUGAUUUAAUGCUAGUUUUAAUCAUUUUGUAAGGGUCGUAUAAGGACUGUUCAGAACAUAUGGAAAUAUCACCCAGCCGUUUCCAGAAUUCUCCAUUUUCAGUGCGUUGGACUGUUCUGUGUUCUUGUGCAUUUUCCUCUAAACUCAUUUUAGUUUCAUUCAUUACUUGACUGACAAUUGUACAUAAUUCUCUUUCAGAGAACAAGGAACCAUUAUUCAUAAGUCACUGAAUUACGGCUAUAACGGGUUCAGUCUGAAGCAAAAAGAGGAUGUGAAAGAUUCAGUCAGUUAACACAGGCCUGGAGUGAAGGUGUGGAGACUGGUGAAGUAAGACCAGUCGUCUCAUUGUAUAUUUGUCUGAAUAAAAAACAAGGACAGGCAGCCCAGAGAACGUUUAUAUUUUUAUUUAAUUUUAAGGAAUGCAAGACUUGGACAUUCGCUGGCCGAUAUCAAUAGCCGAUAUCAAUCUGGCCGAUGUCCCUGUUUUACAUUGUAACGCAAAUACAGACUGCAACCAAGUUUCUUACUUAUGAACGAAGUAUAUCUUUGCAGACAUCGACCAAUAGGUUGGCCAAUUAAAAAUAAAUCCCAAAUAACAAUAAGGUUUUGAUGACUGUGAUCGGGCUACUUUUCGAGCGUGAUAUUUGUCCCACGACGCGCUGGCAGGACUGUCGCCGUGGGCUAUGCGUGGCAAAUUGUGGUCACACUCACUCACUCACUCACGGACGUUUAGUCGGACGCAUGCGCAGGUGGUGCCAGCUAAAAUGUGUCUGCGGAAGUGAGUUGCGCCGUGGGCCUGGACGGUUCCGUGCUUGUUACUUAUUUUACACCGCAAGGCGCGCCUUGAAGGCAUCGCAUGUUGCGUACCAUAUCGGCCAUAAUCAUAUUUUUUUGUUUGUUUUAAGCUAUUCGCCGGUACCUACAAAACAAUGAUAUUAUCAUUAAGCUUAAUUUCCAUCUCCUUCAUUUUCCUUUAUAUCCUUACCAUCAAUCAGCUCAAGCCUUCAUUACUGUGUGUUGUCGCACUGGCAAAUGUGGCUGCUGUACAUUUACAUCGGAUCGUUCUGAGAAGGUUCUUUGCGGAAAUCUGAGAAAAAGAAUGUAUUUGAACUACUAUAAUUAUUGUGUCUGAGAUAAGCUACGUUAUUAACUGCUGUUUGUCAAUUGAAGGUCUGUGUCUUACCCGCCACUAAACCAAAUCGUGUUUGAGGCAAGCGAAAUAACGACACGGAACACACAGCUUAUGAAUCUGGACUGCGAUCUGUGACUGUUGUUGUGCCGGGUAGUGUUUCAAUUCGUUCCAGAACUUCACUUAUCGCAAACCGUGUUGCUUUUAUUUUUCGGUUUUCCCGUCUUCGCUGUGACCCAACCAAAACGUUGGCUGCCCGAUUUCCUCUCCCGAGUUGCAUUGUUGUGUUACUCCCAUAAUAAAUACGCGUGGCAGUUCCUAUUAAAGAAGAGUUUACCGACAGAUCACCACCUUUUAGGGCUACAUCUUUAAAGGCUAAUUCUUCUUAUAAUUGGAAUCUGUGUAUUUCUCAAGAAUGUCUAUGCUUGAGAAUUGGAACUAUACUGGAGCUUUCAGAAACGUACUUUCCCGUUUUAAAACCCUCACAUAGUACAAAAAUUAGUCGGUGUUUAACAGUUAAUGGCAGUAAUUUUUUAUGAUUUUAUUUUAUUCUUUUUGCUAUACGAGCUUCUGUGAAUGGGAGUGCACUAUCUGAUGUAUUUAUACGAGCACUUAUAAAUAUGGCUUCAAGUUUUACGGAAGAAAAUUAGGUUGGUACAUGAAUUUGACACUGCUUACGGAAAGUUAUUGCCUUACAAAUCUCUGGGCUUCUAAAGCUUAGAGGUGUGAAAUGCCAAAAGUGAAGAACAGAAUGCGGUCUCCUGCAUACAGUAAGUGUUGUUUAACUCUUAGAGUAUUUACAUGUUUACUUCUUUGUAGAAAAGGAACUAAAUAAUGCAAACUAUGUAUUUCAUUUGUUGUCUAAAUUGGAAUAAAGUUUCAAAAUUGCA